GUGCGUUCGGUUGUUAAUGGAUGUAGGUUCCAUCUAGGAUCACAACAGAAAACCUCUCCGUACUGGCGCUCCAAGACUGCGUUUUGAAAAUCUGCAGGGGAAAAAUGGCAUCACUUUUGCAAUUAUGGACGAUUGGAGAGUCUGUCAGUUGGCAAAAUUGAUUUAUUUAACAACUUUUUGCCGCAUUUUAUUCUAUACUAAGUUGUAUUUUAUCAAGGUUGACACAUCUGCCUAUGGAUUCAGAACUGUUUUGUGAUCCGUGCGUGUUUUUAUAUACUAUAUUUGGGAGCGAAACUGACACUUGAAAGAGUUUAUUUCGAAAUCUCGCCGGCUCUCAUGGGACUCCGGCAUUCGUCACGUUGUUUGCUGCUACGGCGAAAGAUGGCGGAGGCGGACAGCUCGGAGCGCCAACAGACUGUCUCGCAGCUCUCCCAGUCUGCCCAGCCCUCUUCUCUUCCCAAACCAGUGCCUAGUGCCCACCACGUACCAUGUGUGCCCCACACUCCUCAUCUGGCAGCUCUGACCACUUGUGUCGGCAGAGGCAAAGUCACCAAAUUCAUCAGUCCAGAGGAAAUGACAUCACGAGACUACUACUUUGAUUCCUAUGCCCAUUUUGGCAUCCAUGAGGAAAUGCUGAAGGAUGAAGUGCGGACACUCACAUACAGAAAUGCCAUGUACCACAACAAACACGUGUUUAAGGAUAAGAUUGUCUUGGAUGUGGGCAGUGGCACUGGGAUCCUGUCUAUGUUUGCUGCUAAUGCUGGUGCUAAACAUGUCUAUGGGAUCGAAUGUUCGAGUAUAUCAGAAUAUUCAGAGAAGAUUAUAAAGUCAAAUCACUUGCACAAUGUCAUCACUAUCUUCAAGGGGAAGGUGGAGGAGGUGGAGCUGCCUGUAGAUAAAGUGGACAUUAUCAUCUCAGAAUGGAUGGGCUACUGCCUCUUCUAUGAGUCUAUGCUUAACACUGUCAUCUUUGCCAGGGACAAGUGGCUGAAACCCGGAGGUCUAAUGUUCCCAGACAGAGCAGCACUAUACGUGGUUGCCAUUGAGGACAGGCAGUACAAGGACUACAAAAUUCAUUGGUGGGAAAAUGUGUAUGGAUUCGACAUGAGUUGUAUUCGCAAUGUGGCCAUCAAAGAGCCAUUGGUGGAUGUGGUUGAUCCCAAACAGAUUGUUACUAACUCCUGUCUACUCAAGGAGGUGGACGUUUACACUGUGAAGCUGGAAGACCUAUCUUUCACAUCAGCCUUCUGUCUACAGAUUCAGCGUAAUGACUAUGUUCAUGCCCUAGUCACUUAUUUCAACAUUGAGUUCACCAAGUGUCACAAGAAGACGGGCUUCUGUACUGCUCCAGACGCCCCCAGUACUCACUGGAAGCAGACAGUAUUUUACUUGGAGGAUUAUCUGACAGUGAAAAAGGGAGAGGAGAUCUUUGGCAGUAUCACAGUUAGGCCUAAUGAAAAAAAUGUGAGAGACUUGGAGUUUACCCUGGAGCUAGAUUUUAAAGGACAACUUUGUGAAGCUGCCAUAUCACAUGACUACAAAAUGCGCUAGUACCUAUGGCUCCAGCAUUGGAAUUGAAUUGGACACAAUAUUUUCAGCACGAGUACCCUGCAAAAUCGAAUCUGUUGGUGGAGAAUUAUGAGCAAUAGUCCCAUCUCUGAGUGACCGAAGCCCAUCUGAAUGUAAAAUUUUGAUGUCCCCUUUUAUGCAUUUUGGUUUAUACAUUCAGUGCAAUAAUGUAAAUGGACUAAGUGUAAUUUAUUUGCAUGGUGAUCAUGUUUUGACUGUAUUUGCUAGGAUAGAUGCAAGUGUUUUACUGAAAGUUGAUCUAGUGCCAAGACAAAGUAUGCCAAUGCUUCAGAUGAUACAAAAGGCUAUAAUAUAUGUAGAAAAAAAUUAAUCAAUUGGAGAAACUUGUUGAAUUUUACAACACAAUGAUUCAUGGGUUUUAUUUUUGAUUUAAAAUACAUGUAAAGAUCACAUAAAAUGGAUCAAGAUGGCAUUAAAAUAUAAAACAUGGUCACAUCAUCUUGUGUUAAGAUUAACUCGAUUCAACUGUAUAAUUUAAAUCAGAGCACCAAUGUCACUAAAAUAUUUAUUUCAAAAGUGGGUAGUACUCAUUCACAUUUAUUCAGUUCUAUUUACUGAAGUUACUUUUUCAUAAAAUUGUACAUAUCUAAAUCAUGUUCCUGUUUUUUUUCUCCUACUUGAGUAAUACAUUUUACAUACAGUGUAACAAUACCCUUACUUGAGUGUUUUGGUUACUUUUCAAACUGAAUAGGUGACAAAAGCUUUAUAUAGUACAUGGUAUUAAAUGACUUCUCAAAC